AUCGUAGACGUAGUUUCAGAUAAUGAACAAUUAUAUGAAAUAAAUCAUUUUAUCUAAACAUAUGCGUCUUAUAUAUAGAUAUUGUGUCGGCAGAUAAGAAUAAUUUAUGUAAAAUGAACUAAAUUCACCACGGUCAUUAAAUACAGAUUUAUUUGGUGGUGUUUUGGAAAGCGCAAAGUGAAAGUAGAAGUUGGAUUUCCUGGAAAUUAACUUUCGGAAUAUCAUACUCCGAAAGGCAUAGAAAUUUAAAAUAAUCAAAACGAAAUUGAGAAUGAAAAGAGAAAAUUGAUUGGUAAAAAAUAUUUUAAAAAUAUUCAAAGAGAACGGAACAUCGUUUGGAUUAUGUAAUACGCAGUUGGUGAUAUCUUGCAGCGUGUGUUUGAAAGUUAUUAAAAAACGUUGGUCAGAAGAUAGCUAAUUAUUGGACACAACAACCAUUAUCAGAUAUGGAGGACACAGAUUACAAUGCAGUCACCAUGAUAGAUGGGAAUGGCAAAACCGAUUCUAUGUCCGACAUAGAUCCAUAUUAUAGUGAUGAUUCAAUGAUGUCAGGCAACCAUAGUGUCAUGUCCGCUGAGGACAACAUUGCUGAAAUGGACAGCUUACCUAUUGCAAAAAAACAAUCACUACUUUACCAAAGAGUCCCUGAAAGUGUUAGUAGAAACAUCGGUCCGUACACAUUUUCUACAGUAUAUGAUCAGAGAGUUCCAGAUGAUACGAUGGACAUGGAGAUGACUCAAUCAAAGGCAUGUUUAAAUGCAGCCCUGCUUUGUCUUGAUCAAACUUUGGAAUACCUGGAGAUGAACGAUCUAGGUGAAGCUAGGAAGCACUGUAUAAAAGUUUAUGACAUUUUACAAGACCUACAUGAUCCAGCUCUUGAUUCAGAGAAGGCUAACGCAUACUACACUUGUUGUUGUAUCUUUCAGCAGUGUGAAGAUCAUGAGUAUGCAUUAGAAUGCUAUUAUAAAGGAUUUUGGAUCAGAAAGCUAGACGUUUAUCCUUUACAUGCCAAUGAAGCACUUACAUACUGGAUUCCAUUGAUUGAAGGACUUAAUCACAUAAAACUGAUAGCCUUAAUAAGGACUCUGAGAGCAGAGACAGAUAAACAGUUUGCCAGCAACCCAACAGGAAACUGUGAUAAGGCAUUUUACAUUUACCUAGAUCUGAACAUAUCUCUGAGGAGUGUACAAGGAGACUUCCAAUUAGCCAAGGCUGUUAUUGAAGAUGUGAGAUGUAUUCUGAUACAGAUAACUAAAUGUUUCCUUCUUAAGGGCAAUAAUGAACAAGUCUGUAAAAUUUGUAGAGACGUUAACCAAAAAUUUCCUGUUACAAGAGGAAGUACAAUGAUGGGUGAUUUUUUCCAGACCUGGGGUAAAGCUCUUGCAAAUCUAGGGAAGUUUGAUGUAGCAAGGAAAAAAGUUCAAGAAGGCUUAGAAAUGGUCUUUACUAAGGAAGAUACAGAUGCUAGUAGAUGCUUGCUGUCACAGAUUGAUUUAAUGGAGGGUGAGAGUAGAGAACCGGCCAGUGAUACUGUAGAUAGUGAUGAUGAAUACGUUAGAGGGUCUAAUUAUAGCACCCUUGAACAGCAAAGACUAAAGGCAGAAGAAGCAAGAGCAAAUCAUCAUAAGAGAACAGCACGUCACCGGCCAAAAAGAAAUUCUGAGAGUCAAGACUAUAUGAAUAUUACUUGGCCAGAGCUUCCAAAGAAACGGAGAGGUAGGAAGCGUCACCUAACAGCUUCUUCAACAGGGAGCCAAGCAUCAGAAGAUUCAGAACAACUACCAUUACCAGAGGCACAUGCAAAGUCAGACAUUGAAUCAGAUGAGGAAUUUGACACAAUGUUAAGGUCAGAUUGGUUUGGUGAACUUGAUCCGUCUAGUGAGGAAGAAUCUGAUCAGGAGGACUUCUCUAAUGUGGACCAAUUUGAGAAAAGUUCACGAAAGUUUGAUAAUGGCUCUGAUGAAAUAGAUGAACAAGGUCUUUUAUUACAAGGAAUCAGUCUAUGUGACAAAUUUCUUGAAGAACACAGAAAGCCGUCCCAUAAUAAAAGUCACUUUACUUACCCAGAAUUUUACAGUGAAGAAAAGAAUGCAGAACUCUGCAGGCGUAAUCCUCUGAAGUUUAAGAAGUGUAAAGUAAGGAUAGAAUCAGCACAUGGAGCCGUAUGUACCAACUUAGACCAUUCUGAUGACAUACAAGAAAUAGAAAUUUCUGGCAGGUCAAAAAUUGGAAAAGUUUUUAAUGAAGACGAAGUGUACGUUGAAGUCCUUCAGGAUGAAAGAGAUGCAUACAAAAACAAAAACUAUAUCCCACGGUUACAGAAAACCCUAGAUUUAUCCAAAAUGAGCUUGAAAGUUUUUGGUCAGAUCCGAGGAGUUAAACAGCGUCAUCACUAUCCUGAUAUUGACCAUCCUGUCUUUGUGUGUGUAUUGGAUGAAUCGGAAUUUCACCUCAUGCUACCAAUCUCCAAAACAGUCCCAAAACUCCACAUCCUGAACAGAAAAUGUGAGAACAAUUACCAAGUUGAGGUUUACAGAUAUGUUGAAGAAAAAGGAUAUCUGGUUCAUAAAGAACUCUUUGAUAUAAAACCAGGAGAAGUUAAAAAUUAUAUCUUCUUAGUUGCAAUGAUAUGUUGGGAGAAUUUGUACCCACUAGGAGCUGUUAUCAAGGUCAUCAAUGCCAAAGAUGGUUUAAACUCUGGGAUGGAGAUAUUGAGAUUGCAUCACCAAGUGCCAACUGGUUACAAGUUUGAUACUGUAGAUUCUGUCAGAACAUUAACAGAAAACCAUAAUAAAUUGGUGAAAAAAGACAAAAGAGAAGAUUUGACUGACCUUGAGGUUUUCACCAUAGAUCCAACUGAUUCUAGAGACUUGGAUGAUGCUUUAAGCAUAGAAGAAACCUCUGAAGGAAAUUACAGAAUUGGGGUUCAUAUAGCUGAUGUGACAGCCGUUGUUAAAAAAGGGGACUACAUAGACUGUGAAGCUUAUGAUAGAGCCACUACUUUCUAUCCAGGUCAAGGUCGUAACCCUUACCAUAUGUUACCAGAGCCUUUGAGUACCAAUCUCUGCAGCCUGAUCCCUGGACAGCCUCGUCCAGUCAUCUCUAUAUUUUUCACAUGUGACAGAGAAGGAAAACCACUGGAAAAGCAUGAGAUCAAGAAAACUAUGAUCAGAAGCAGACAAAAAUUGACUUAUCGCGAAGCUCAAGAUGUACUUCUGAACAUUGGAAGAAAUGUCCCGGACAGUAUUUGUAAACAAAUAAAAUGUUUGUUUAACAUUGCUAAAAGUAGAAGAAUAAGAAGAUUGGGUGGUGCCAUGUAUCAUGUGCCUAUAGAAACAGAUGACGAUGAUUUUAUGGAGACAAAGGAAGCCCACUUUCUGGUAGAAGAAUUUAUGAUACAAGCAAAUCAUACAAUAGGUACAUACCUUUUCCGCAAAUUUAAAAACUGUGUCCCUUUGAGAAUACAGCAACCUCCGGAACCAGAAUGUGUCCAGCAUUGGUUAAAGUCAAAUGAACUAUUUGCUGAUUUAAUUCUGAAACUGCAAGAAGUGCGUCCACUUCCAGUCAUUGAAAGCGAAAGGAAAUUGUCAGUUGAUAAUGCUAGAACUGGAAGAUACAAUAAAGUAUUGAUGUUUCAACAGCAUGUUUGGAACAAACUCAAUAAUGCAUUUCGUAAAAAAGAUAUUCCAACUGUUAUGCAGAUACUUGGGUGUGACGAAAUUCAUCCCUUUGCCUGCUUAGGUCUCGAGGAAUGGUAUGACUUUCAAGAAACAGCUGAAUACAAAUGUUCUGGAGAUAUACAAUCAAGGGGAGUAACCAAGAAAGAUGGCUCUCAUUUUAGUCUUGGAAUUUUUCCAUACAUUCAUUUUACCUCACCAAUAAGGAGAUAUGUUGAUAUAAUCUCUCAUCGACUGCUUCAUUGUGCCUUGGAUGAGAAAAAGCCUUGUUAUUCCCCUGAGGAAAUAUCAGAGAUGUGCCAUCAUAUAAAUGAAGUUACACGUCGUGCUAAAACUUACCAAAAAAAGUGCAGAGCUUUAAAUUGGGGUUACAAGUUAAGAAAAGAAUCAACUGUUUUCCAUGGUUUUGUGAAAACGGUGUCUGAAAAAGAGGUCACUGUGGUAAUACCAGGUCAUAGAAAUUUACCAAAAGAGUCUUGUACUUUGCAGUUAAACUCCCUUGGGUCUACCAAAAAACCUGUCUUCAAAAAAGAUAUCAACAAUGGAAGGGACAUACUUGAGUUACAAUGGAAGAAAAGGUUAUACUCAUACAAUGGAUUUGCACCAAUAAAACGAAAAGGAGAAGAUAGAAUUUACAGAGUUAAUCCACACAACAGGGCUUUCUUCCAACAGCAGAACAAAUGGAAACAACUGCUUCAGGCAGUUAUGGAAGAAAAAACUCCCCAGGGAAAACUAAAAAAGCUGGAAAAAAUCUUUUUCAAUGGUGAUCUUGGUCACCCUGAAGUUAAUUUGGAAGAUUACAAUCCAGCAUGUGUCAAGACUGAAAGAGAUGUGAGUUCAGAGGUCAGGAAGGGUACUAUAACUUUACAGAGUUGUGAAUAUAGCAUGACUUUUAACCAUGGUCAGGUGUUGGCACUACAGAUGUCAGCUGAAUCUGUAAAAGGUGUCCUUAUUCCUCAGAUAGAGAUCUUUGACAUGACAAAAAAUGUCAGAUAUUGUCUUCUACAUGUGAAAGAUCCAAUCAAAUAUCUUGAGAAGUAUUCGACAGCCUCCACAAAGGACUUUUACCACAGACCAGCAGACUACAUCAGAACAUGGAAACCAUUGGUUGAAAUGGAAGCAGCAACCAACGCUAUUAAUGUUGGCACUGCUACCAUAAACGAUGUCCCAGUCAAGUUUUUAUCACAAAGAGAGGGGAAAUUUUCACUUCACAAGGCUUUCUUGGAACAGAGAAAUAUAGAGAUUAACAAAGUUCCAUUAGAAGUAUAUCUUAAUCCAGGUAAAGAGCACAAAGAAGGAGAUGAAGAAGAAGGAAUUCGUGAAAUAGCAAGUCCAGAUUAUCUCUGCAUUAAAAGUGUGGAAUACUUAAGUGAUGAGGAAGUCCCUGGUAAAGAGUUUGGCCAUACAUAUGGUUGUGCACCAAAAGAUUACAGGAUAUGGCAUGGACAUGCAAAGAUAGAACGAGUAAAUGUGAAGGGAGAAAAAGGGAAAAUUGAUUUCAUCUUUAAGCUUCACAAAAAUAGUCAGCCAGUUCCAUCUGCCUUCAGAAAAGAUGAUGUUAAACCUAGAUGUGGAAUUGAAGUUCUUUUCAAGUCAAGUGCUGAUUGUCGAAUUGAUGGUCUCCUGCAGUGUUUGGAUAAAGCUAAUCCUCUUCCAAAGGCAAUAGCAUUGGGAACCAAAAUUCCUAAGCUUGAUAAAGGACACUUUGAAAUAGGAAGAAAGAUGCAACCAGAUAUAAUGAACAUAGAUGGUAUAGUGAGGAAUAACCCUAAACAAUACAAUGCUAUCCAGAAAGCCUUGGAAUCUUCAUUUAGUCUGAUACAAGGACCACCAGGUACUGGAAAGACAUAUACAGGUAUCAAGUUAGUUUACCUGUUCAACCAGAUCAACCUGAAAUGGCAGGAAAUGGGUAAUGAGAAGAAACAGAUUAUUUUCUGUGGCCCAUCCAAUAAAUCUGUGGAUUUAGUUGCAAAAUGGAUGAAAAGAAAGUUAGGGGAACAUUGCCCAAAGAUGGUCAGGUGGUAUGGAAGUUCUAUAGAAGAUCAAGAAUUCCCUAUUCCAGGCAAAACACCGACACUUGGGCGUGGAGAAAGAGCAGUCGCAGAUGAACAAUUGAGGGAGUAUUCCAUGCAUAUACAGAUUCGUCAGCUAGGAAAACCAUACAUGGAAGAAAUAACUGCUUUUGACAGGCAAUUUAGACAACAUCAAGAUGGUGUCGACUACAAAGAUGUGAAUAAAUACAGAAAGCUUAUACACAAGGCUGUCAUUGAAGAAGUUGCACAUUAUGAUGUUAUAUUCUGCACAACUGCUAUGGCAACCAACCUUAGAAUAAUGGCAGGUACAAAAGGUCGUAUUUUCCAGAUCAUUGUCGAUGAAUGUGGAAUGUGUACAGAGCCUGAAAGUAUGGCUGCAAUCAUAGCAACCAGAGCACAGCAGGUGGUCCUAAUUGGAGAUCACAAACAACUUAGACCAAUCGUGAUGAGUAGCAAUGCUGCCAAACUUGGAUUAGAGACGUCUCUGUUUGAAAGAUAUGCUGAAAAGGGAAAGAUGCUGACCAUGCUGACAUCACAAUACAGAAUGCAUCCAGAGAUUUGUGCCUUUCCAUCAAAGCAAUUUUACAAAAACAGACUUGAGACCAUGCCAUCAUAUACAUGGCGUACAGAUUCACCUCUUAAGUCAUGGUUAAAACAGAAUACCCCAGUUAUAUUUUGUCACGUAGAAGGAACAGAGGAAUAUCUCCCCUUUAACACAGAAGAAGGAAAUGAACAGUCGUGUUCAAAUAAACAGGAAGUGGACCAAGUGGUAAAGGUAUUUAAGCACUUGGUAGAAGAUGAGUUGAUAGACCCCCACUAUAUCAAUAUUAUGAGUCAAUAUAACUCACAGUGCCACAGUAUCAGACAGGAACUCAAGAAGGACAAGUUUAUACAAUUCAAUGUCAACACUGUCGUGGCAAGUCAAGGAGGUGAAUGGGAUUAUGUUGUGAUAAGCCUGGUUAGAUCUCUACCAGAUUACAGAAUAGAACCAAAGCCAACAUUAGGUUGGUGUAAACAGAAUCUUGGUUUUAUCACUGAUGAACAUCAGACAAAUGUAGCCUUGACCAGAGCUCGGAAAGGACUUAUUGUCAUUGGUAAUCAGAAGUUACUUAAAUGUAAUGAUGUAUGGGCAAACUUCCUGAACCAUUACGGCCAGAAAGGUUGUGUGGUUGAUUGUGAAAACUUCCCACCUCCACCACAGAGAAUUCAAGAGAGAAAACAAAGAAAGAAAAAGUCCCGUCGUGUACAGGAAAUGGAUGAAGAAUUCUACAGCCGAACAGAAGAGGACCCAAACCAAGAAGAAGAAAGUCGUCCAGAAUAAGCAUUAUCAUUAUUUCUUGCUGUAUCUUUUGUCUAGUGUAUAAUGUGAAAUCAAAAUUAUUAUUUUGAUACUAAUCUUUUUUCAUCAUUUUGCAAAAUAUUUGAGUUUGGCUUAAUGUUUAAAAAAACUUCAUUGCUUAUCAUAACAUUUGGCAAAAAAUAUAGAAAAAUGAAUCUCUAUCUUAACUUUUGGUAAAUUUAUAAAUUGGUCAAAUAACUAGUCGGCUAUUGCAAUUGUGUCCAUGAAAAUGUCAUAUCAAAACUGGUUUCUACUCAAUACUUUUCAAUCUCGAAAUACAGCAAGCUUGAAUAAAAUGUCUAAUGAAUAGAUACUAACCUACUGUUUUAUUGUUGAAUAAUGUAUGUACAGUUAAAUAUUGCUAGGAGCAUAUCUAAGUGGAAAGUUGAAAUGUGCCAUAUUUAUUGAUCGAUUGUACAUUGUUUUAAAGGCUAAAGGUUAAAGUGCAAUUUGUGCUUUGGUGUUGACAAUUAAUUGGCUAACUUGAUGUAUGGCAGUUUUGUAACUUAAAUUUGCGUAAAGUAUUUACUCUUCUUUGUAUAUUUAUAUCCUAUUAGUUAUAAUUUUGUUGUUGCUUGUUACUUUGUGUAAUGUUGUGCUAUGUAAUGGUAGUUUCACAGUUGACUAUGAAACCAUGAUUUUUAUGGUUUCUAAAAUAUACAUUGCUGAAUAUUCUUGAAACAUUCUAAUAUAUAUUUUUUGAUAGAUAAACCUUAAAUGAAUGGAACAUAUUGUAGGUAUGAAAUAUUACUAUAAAAUAUGAAAUUAACAUUUUGAUUUUUCUGCUGAAAAAAAAAUACAUGACAUUUUUGACAUUUUGGAUAUUUUGAACUAUGCAAGCAUCAUUUUGUAUUCUUAGGCAUAGGCAAGUUAUCUGGUAUGCAUAUUUAAAUUUAUUUCCUUAAUGUUCUAUACAUAUCAAAAUGAAAAAAAAAUAUUCUAAAUGUGCCAUUAUUAUUAAUUAGUGUGUAAUAUAUAUGUAUAUGUUUGACUUUGUACUUAAAUGUUGUAAUAUAUCCGUCCAAUAAAAUUUGGAACAAAAUGUUUUUAUCCAUUGCUGUUAUGAGAACAGAAUCAUUAUAAAUUGUUCCCACACUGACUUCCUAAAAUUACAGAUUUUGUUCUGACUUUAAAUAGCAAACCUAAUUUUGUUAAGGCCUUAUUAUAAACAGAAAAAUAAGUACUUAAAUUUGAAAGUUCAUGAAAUUUUUUAAAGAAUGUGAAAUAACUUUAUGAUGUUGCUUUUUUAUUGACUGUAAGAUAAACAAAAAAUUGUGAUAUUCAUGGCAGAUAAAACAGGGUCCAUUUUUUUUCUGUGAGCCAUUUUUUGUAUGUUUGUUUAUAUGUACAUACAUUUUAUUGUUUAAUAUGAAUGUUCCAGGCUGUAUAACUAUAUAUGCAUUGUUACUUUUUUCAAAUGAUUACAAGGAUGAACUAGAAAAAAUCUGUAAAAGUAUUUUCAUAAUUUAUGAGAAAAAUCAGUUAUCCAUUCUUGUUAACAGAUGACUAUUUUAGUUGUAAAUUUUUUCAUAAAAAAAAUGUAAAAAAUGAUAAAUUGAUGUUGAAAUGUGUUGAUUGAAAUAUUUCUUAGAUUUACACAUAAGCACAUAUCUUUCUUGUACAUAAAUGUGUACAUAAAUGUGUAUUGAAAUUUACUCUAAUCUUUAGUAUUUUGGUGAAUAUCCUUGUAUGUUGGUUAUUUAUUUUAUUUUUAUCAGUCUUUCUGUUAUUAUGGUGAAUGUCAUUGCUAUUAUUAGUUGAGCUGAUACACUGAACAUGCGCUUCUCCUAUGUCAGGUGACUGAAGACUAUCUUAAUUUAACUUCAGCAGGACCAUAGUAUUUCAUAUGCCAGAACUAUACAUGCAAAGUCCCAAGCAAUCAUGUGUAGAGUACAUGGUAUUUUUUUGUAUAUAGUUUAAACAGGGAGAAUUUGUAGCUUAUUUCACAUGUAUUUUUUUUCAUUUUUAAUUUUUACAUACCGGUGAUGUAUAACCAACACAAUGUGCCAUAUAAAUUAUUUUCUUCAAUGUGCUUAUAUUAAUAUGUCUUUUGUUUUGCAAAAAAAAAAUAUGGUGCACCAGCAUACAUAAAAGGGUUUUUGCCUUUGAACUUCUCUAAUGUUUUAUAGUUUCAAGUUGUGCAAUUUAUUGAAUUCCUUCUGACAGGUGAUAAAUUAGAUAUCUAAGAACUAAAACAAAGUUGAUAGUCCCUUUAUGGUUUUUUUUGUUAAUAUUAUAAAAAUGUGUAUGAUAAUUUUUGUUAAGACUAUUAUGAAAUAUAGACUUUAUAUAAGAUUAUAAAUAGUACAUAAAUUAUAAAGAAAUAAUGUGUUUAAAACAAUGAUUAAAGAAUCAAAAGUUAACCUUAUCUGUUUGAGAGAUUUGUUACAUGUAAUAAUAAAAAGCAUAUAUACAUACUUUAUUUCUAUAGUGUCAAGAAAGUUAAGAUUUUAUAUUUGACAAAAUCUAUUUUAAGACAUCAGUUAAAAAAAUCACACUUUUUUGUUUGAUUUCCUGCUAAUUGAUAAGUAGAACAAAACCCUGUAGAUGAAUCUAGAAUUUACUUGAAACUUUUGAUUUUUAUUUCGUUUCUCAAAAAUAAAAGUAGCUUAGGUGAUUCUAGAGAAGUUAACAUCUUUAAGUCAUUGAAAUAUUUUCAGUUUUAUAUACUGUUGACACCAUAAAUCGUUCUUGAAUGUAUUUGAAAAAAUGAAAGUUUCAUGAAGUAAAUUCUAUGAAAUGAUCAAUACAAGCUCCAUGAUGUCUUGAAUGUUGGAUUUGACAGUUUUUGAAAAUGACCUCAAAUUUCUGUGUAUUUGAUCAAGGUAUAUUUCAUUUUAUAACUCAAAUUUAAAUGCUUUUAGAACAUAAUCUUUAUAUUCCAAAUUGUGAACUAGUAAAUAAACACAAAUUACAAACACUAUUUGAUAUUGUAGAAAAAUUGCGUAGUUUGUAAAAUUUGUGAACUGAAUGCUUUUAUUCUAUUUUGAAUGUAAUAAACUAUUUGAGCUUUGCUGCCCUUUUCAUGUUUCAUACAUUUAUACCUGCUUAUAACAGAAAUUUGAAUAAAGUACAGUUUCAAAGUUAGGACAGAAUAUAAAGAUCACCUGUAUUGUUAUAAUGAAUGAAUUAUAGAUAUUGUUUUAUCAAAAGAUGUAUUAAAUGUUAAUUCCGACAAAUAGUGAUAUCCCAUUGUACUUACUUUUAUAGAUUAUACUUUUUAGGAAGAAAAUGGAAUUUUUCUUGCCAGCAAUGAGAUUUUUGUAUGAUCCACUGUUAACUUUUUGUUUUUAUUUGAGUUUGUCUUUCAUUGAAUGCAAUCAUGACUCGUCUUUCAUUUUAAGUAUUAAUAUUAUUUUAGUUAUAAGGACCAAACUUGCUUGUUUUAAUAUUUGUAUGCUUUUUUUUAUUGAAAUAUUGUUUUGAAUUCUGAAAAUAAAUGUUAUA